GCGUCGCCACCCUGGAGGCUGAGCCAGCAAGUCUCGGCUGGAAGGGCCCCCCAGGACCCCCCUCCUCAGAGCCCCACGGGCCACCCUCCGUCGGUCCCUCGGGGUUCCCCAACCCUCCCACCCCCAACACCUUCUCAGGGCCGUCCACCCCCACCUUCAACCCCCCGGGCCCUACACUGAACCGGCCCUCACCUGGACCCCCUUCUGUCAACCCCAGCCCCUACCCCCCGGGCCCCGGUGGCCCCCAACCCUUCAACACGCCUCCCAACAGCUUUUCGGGGCCCCCCACCUCUGGCCCCCCCUCGGUUCCCUUCCCCGGCUCCCCCGCCCCAUCUAAUGCCUCCACCCCAGGCCCCGGGGGUCCGUCCCCCUUCCCCGGGGCUCCUGGGGGGGGUCCCCCCACCAGCAUGGCCCCCACCAGCAUGGCUGGGCCGGGCCCCUCCCCCAUGCCCUUCCCCUGCUCCUCCAACUACAGCAGCCCCACCCCUUCCGGCCCCCACAUGAAUGGCCCCAACAGCACCAUGGCCAUGCUGGGCCCACAGCAACAUGCACAGAUGAUUAAUGGCCCCCCGGGCCACCCUGGACCCUUCCCAGGGCCAGGGGGGCCGGGCUUCACGGGGCCCGGGGGACCCUUCGGACCUGGGGGACCACCCUUCGGGCCAGGGGGGCCUGGGGGCCCUCCCAUGCAUGGACCCAUGCAUGGUCCCAUGCAUGGGCCAGGACCACAUCCAAUGAUGGGACAGCUGGGGCCCAUGGACCGCAUCGACCAGGGGUAAGUGUCUGCCCCUGUGUGUGCACU